GACAACGAUCCGAGCAAAGUAUCAUUUAUAAACUCGUAUUGACAAGCACGUGAUAACGUCGGGGGAGAAAUUUCGAAAUUUCGCACAAAAUUACAUACAACUCAAGUGGAAACACAAAUUAGUUUUUGCAGUUUUUUCUCUCAAAAGGCAUUGUCUCGAUAUCUAAGGCAAACAACGAGGUUCGCCUUACCAAAAUACCUGUCAAUUGAAAGUUUUUUAUCGCUUGGCGUCAGCUUGAGACCGGUCUUCGAGACCAUUUGUAUUGAGAUUCUGUUUACGAUUCGUCAAGUAUAAAAGUACUCGUGUGCGCAUUGUUCAUAUUGCCGAGUAUAACUUUGUGUUGUGUUUAGAACUGUUCAUCCUGUGUUGUCUGGUUCGCGUUACCGUCGCAUUCUAAAUUCUUUUGCCGAACUUUGAGUAAACACAUCAAACCUUCGUUUGCGAAUUGCUACUUCAAAGAGAUUUCGUCGUUGCGGUUGCUCGUGGUAGAAUUUUGAAAUCGCUGAUAAGUUUAUUGGUUUUAAUUCACGAGGCCGGAAUUCAUAUAUACUGUUCAACAAGACAUCGUUUUAAAAUUCUACUGAUAUUACGAGGUUUAACGAAUUAACUGAACCGCGGAAAGAUUCUACGUCGAUUUCAACGGGAUUUCUAAUUUAAUGUGUCCAUUUUAUUGUGAAAUUCGAAAGGAAACAAGGAAUGGUAUCGUGAACGCUUGAGGGAAGUUGAUAUUUGGAUUGUUUUAUAAAAACGCAGCGUGCGUUUUUAGUGCUUGAAGAGGGGCUAAAAGAUUUUCAAAACCCUGAUAUGAACUUUGAAGAAUUGUCAGUUAGAACGCGACGACCAACGGGGUCUACACUGUUACGAAUGAUUAAAAAGCAAGCGAAAAACGGAUCACAUACUCCUACAAUCAGCCGCCACGCUAGUUUGAACGAACAUGGAAACAGCAAUAAACGUCGUUCGGCUAUCGUUCGAGCGGACUCUUUCAAGAAGGCUCUUCAUGUUUCUGAUGAUCAUUCGGGCACUCUGAAAGCGCCGAAGACUCAAAAUCGCGAGGUCGAAGAGUUCGAAAGAUAUCACAAAGACGUGAAAAGUGCGGUGAAAUAUUUUCGUAUCGUUGUCGACAAGAAAAUCGUUUCGAAGGUACCGGAUAAUAUUUCUAUUCUACUCGAGUCUGUUAUUCAUAUCGACGGCAUGUUGGACUCGUGUUUGAAGUUACAAGCAACAGCCGGACUCGGCGAGUUACGUAAAACUAUGCAAGCGUGUAUUUCGAAGUUAGUUAAAUGGGGCGAUGAUGUUAUGAUUAAAUCCGCGACCUCCUUAGACAUGGAGAAAGGAGUAAAUCUCUUGAAUUAUUUGGAAAGGUCUAUUCAAGACUUGCACGAUUCGGCGAUCCCCCGUCUACAGAAAGCGACUCUGAAUCGUCAGAUCCGCGAUUCUGUCCUACUACAACAACCCGAUGACAUUUCGUCCGUGAGCAAAGGAGAAGGCGUGAAACCGAAAUUGUCCAAAUCACAUUCGGACGGUAGUAUAAAAAGCGUGCUGGAAAACGGGAAAAAUGGCGGUAUGCUAACUACGGAAGAAAAUCGACGCGAUUCCGGUAUCAGCGAACGAAGUGCUUAUAGCGAUAAUUCGACAGCUAGUGAUUCUCCUCCGGUUUCGACACACUUCACCGAUUCUGGGACUUGUCUUUCUGAGGUACCUGGUAUCACAAGUGUUGAAGAUCAUCCUUUAGCUGUACAAGCAUGGUCUCCUGUUACUAAAUCUCUUAUGGAUGAUGCUCCCUCCAGUCCCCUCAGUCCAUAUUCUCCAAGAAAUGGACAAACUGCAUCUUUUAACUCUCGGACAAUUAGCAAAAGUACUUCUCAUGUACAGACUUCAUUUACCCAAACGACAACUGAAUGGAGUAGGAAGGUGGAGAAAGUUACCCAGUUCUGUCAAGAAAGCAAGCAAGUACAUCAUUCUUACCAUCAUCAUAGCUCUGAGUCUCGUACUGAAUCCAUUUCCAGUUAUGGUUCUGGUGCUAGUACAAAAGAUCGUGGUAGCAUGGACCUCUCCGACUCACAGUCAAUUGAAGAACUUGAUGAUGUUCCUGAGAUGGCAAGAAGUGUUGUGGAAAGGGCUCAGUUUGUUAGUGCUAGUGAAAACACAACAAGCUCCAAAAAGAAAGCAUUUCAAGUUUACAUUCAAGUUCUUGGUGAAUAUAAGAAACCACCAGAAGAAGAAUUUCUAGAACGAACAAUGUCAGUGAACUCGGUAUAUGAUAACUACCAGGAUAUGCGGAAUUACACUGUAGAAAAGAUGGCUCAUGCACUAGAGAAAAGCGGAACAACUUUGAUUACAGCAAAGAUACCAAUCACACAAAAGACAGAUCGCAAACCAUUGUCGCCUACCACUGAUUCUCGUAAGAACAAGUCCCUUGACUAUAAAAGCUUACCAAAGAUGAAGAUCAAUUCACCGCAACAAGAAGUUGAAGGUAAAUUGGCACUACCAAAUGUUCCAAUGUCUCAUGCUACAAGCGAGUCCAGCUUAAGCAGCAGUGGUGAUGAGGAAUGUACUCCUCCUUUGGAUGCCUUAGACAUAAGUAAUUUUCUAGUAUUUCGAGAAGAAACCGGUGACCGAACUUUGCUUUAUGGAGGUGUAGCCGAUGCCCUCAUUGUGCAUGCAACAAACUCAAGCAAGAAAGACUAUGUGUUUUCAGAAGCUUUCAUAACUACUUAUCGAGCCUUUAUUACACCUUUUGAACUGAUCAGUAGACUCAUAUAUCGAGGACAUCGCAUGAAGGAGAAGCAGCACAAGCGCGCCAGUCAUAAUGCCUUCUCACUGCUAUUGAGGGUGAUUGAUGAUUUGGUUGCUCCUAUACCCAAGAACAUUUUAGACAUGCUCGUGAAAGAAACUCACAAUUUAUUCUCGAAUGGUCAACUUAUGCUCGGAAAGUGGAUAAGAGAUCGUAUAAUCCCAAAGAGUGAAAUGCAUUAUAAAGUUGAUAGUAUAAUGUUUGCUACAGCGGACUUAAGUGACAAGCAUGUGACAAUGUUUUCGUUUCACAGUGAAGACAUUGCCAAGCAGCUUACUAUUCAAGAUGCGCAGUAUUAUAGUCGUAUUGAAAUUCCUGAGAUCCUUUCAUGGGGGAAAGCUCAGAAUGAGGAUUUAGCUCCUAACCUGGCUGCAUUCACCGAACAUUUUAACCAGGUUUCCUAUUGGUGUCGCACCCACAUCCUAUCGUUUGAAAAGGUUCAUGAUCGAGAAAAGGUGUAUACAAAAUUUUUGAAGAUCAUGAAGUUUUUACGUAAGUUCAACAAUUUUAAUUCAUUAUUGGCUAUCUACUCUGCCCUUGAUUGUUCAGCUGUUCGGCGGCUGGAAUUCCCAAAGACCAGUACCGACACCCUGGCACAGUUCUCAUCGCUCAUUGAGAGCGAAGGGUCCUUCCGCAUCUACAGAAAAGCGCUUGCUGAAGCUAAACCACCCUGCAUACCCUACCUGGGUUUGAUCCUACAGGAUGUUACUUUUACAUACAUGGCGAACAAAGAUGAGUUACCUGAUGGCAAAGUGAACUUUUACAAAUGCUGGCAACUCUUUCAAAUGCUGGAAGAGUUCAAGAAAUUCAGGAUAAGCAAAUACGAGUUUGAAAGAGACCCCAAAAUCAUGGCAUUCUUUGGCGGAUUUCAGAAUUAUUUAUCAGAAGAUGAACUUUACAAUCGUUCCUUAGAAUUAAAGCCAAGGGCAUGAGCAGUGAGGUAUAUCAAUAUCAGAGAGUUAGGUAUAAUUAUAUGAUUUCACGGUUCACAUAACUGUCUAUCAGGGGGUUAUUUUGCAUAGGAAUACAGCCCGGUGUUGCUGUAUUGUAUAUUGGGCUAGUGAUUUAACAUAUGUUCGAGUAUAUUUAUUAUUGAGUAAUUUUCUCACGUCUCCUUUUGAAAUAUUUCCUGUAUGAAAUAAAUUAACCUUUUCUGUACGAAGCAUGUGGGAAAAUUGAAAAUAUUAUCGAUUGUUUGGCACGAGUCUAUAAACAUAGAUCUUAAAUUAUGUACAUAUAUGGACAGACAAUGGCAAUACAACUGAACGCUUUUGGAAGCUUGCAUGGAACUACGCCUUAAUGUUGUGGCGAAAAUAUGAUUUUAUUCGGAAUUUUUAUUAAAGACAUUAGUUUUAGUAAACGACAUAGUGUGACGUCAAUACUUUUUAAGCUUCGUCGUUAUGCGAAGCAAAUUGCGUUUUCAGUAAACGAAAUUUUCUUUCACAUAUAAAGUUGUUGUGUUGUAAGUUACUUAUUUUUGUGCUGAUGUAAUAUGUGUGACAUCACAUUGUAUAUAAAUAUAUAUAUAUAGACAGGUAUCAUUUAACGCAGCUGCGACGAAAACAAUGAUAUUUUUUAAAAAUGGUCCAAA